CAGCUCCUGAGAGAAUUUUCGUUAAUUAGUGUUCGUGCCUAAUGGCUUUUAGUUAACCUUCUCGUAGUUUAAAUGCCUUUUUGCUGAGAAGGCUUAAUCAGGACAAACGAGCAAGUCUUGCUCCCUCAGGACGGUGAGGCUUGUGCCUAUGGCAUGGAAAGAAUUUAUUCGGAAGAGAGGAAAAAUGGUCAGGCCUCCUCUUCCAUCCUGAACCCAGAAAGUGCAAGGCUUAAGAAACAAAUUUUCUGACACUGUUAUUUGAACUGGCUUCAGAUUGCAGAACUUCACGUGGUUUAGUCCUGCACGGCAAUACUUUCUGAGUUACUGUCUAGUUAACAGCGAUUCACUGCAACUUUUGCCUGAAAGGCUCCUUCCUUGGGCUGGUUGAGAGGUUCUCGGGUGCUGCAGCUCUACUGUGCAGUAUUUCUUCCUAAUUCCCCCUUGCAAUGUACUGCCUCUCUUCUCUGGGCAUGCUCUUUGAGGUCUGCAGCAUUGUGUGGCUUUGCCCAGUUCUGGGAAGUCUUUUUACUUGUCUCAUCUGUAGCGCGUCCUGUUAAUGUCUUAUCCCUGGAUAGUAACUUCCUUGAAACUUCAGCACUAACACAGCUCACUUAUGGUGCUUGUGAGCACUUGGACACCCAUCCAGCUGAAUGAAGCCUGCUUGAAACUGGAGCUACCCAACGUCCCAGCCACAGAGAGCUUGUUCCUUUGGAGGAUGGUUUAUUCCAUGGCGCAACAAAUGUUUGUCAGAUUUGAAAGGAGUCUCAGUGCUGACAACUGGAGUACACAGAGCGAGGAUUCAAAGCAAGCAAACAUUAAAACUUUGGGAUAACUUGUGACAUCUGAAGUGCCAGAUUUCUUCCUAGCGGACAAGCCAUUCAUGAAGUCACCCUGCUUUAAAGAUGAUUCUUGAAGGCGUUGGAUGAAUUCUGCAGUGGGAAAAGGAAUUUUGGAAUCUGAGGAGAAGGCCAACGAGGACAAGCUACCAAGGAUGACAGGCUGGCCCUACAAGAUGCUGUCAAGAUAGACUCCAGUGCACUCAAUUAGGAAGAAAAUUAUGUCAGCUGAGAUUCUUCUCUGCCUGGACACAGUUAUUUUGAAGCUGCAAAAGAGGAGUGUUGCAGGGAUCUUUGUUUGCAGGCGAAAGGCAAUAAUCAUGGUGAUGAGGUACAAGAAAAGGAAGGAAGGAAGAAGGAAUAACAACAGGUGACUGAAAUUGUAGUUGCAAGGAUGGAAAGAAGGUGAGAUGCUGAAGAUGAAGGAUCCAAGACAUUUGAAACACCAGAGGUCUCGGGUACCUGGAGACAGAGAUACACAGCUUUUAAUGCAGCCCGCAUUGGAAAACAAAGGAGUGACACCUGCCAUGUGAUGCCUCUUCCAGCACUGGUGUCCUCUGCUAGUGAAUUUACACACUUUAUUCUGAAUAGUUUUUCUUGAACAUCAUUCCUUAUGGCUUCAUCCUGUGGGUGUAAGUUGUUCAUGCAGUCAGAAUUUCUCUGCACAUGUAUGAUGCACUUGUUCCCUGGUCCAUUGGUUUUGCAGUAGGAAGCUUGUCAUCGUUACUGAUGGAUACCUUAAGCCAUUUGAUGAUGGAGAAAAACAAAAGAAUGUUCUGCUCCUUGCAUACCUCAAGUUGUUUUGAAUCAGUUGAGCAAUUGACCAGGGGUACUGCUGGAAUUUGUUGUGGUCAGAAUGAUUGGACUGGUGUGGCUUGGCAGCUGAAGGGAUUUGCUUCCUCAGUUAAGGAAACUGUUCCUGACAGCAUGCUUCCAGGGACUCCAUGUGUCAUCUGGACCUCUCGUGGAGCAAAAGACAUGGGAAAAGCUGCUUCAGUCACUACAGAGUUCUCAGGAAGCUGCUGUUAACAAAGAUAUUUCUACCUGAUUUUUAAUUACCUGGCUCUUGAAAUUAGUGACAAACCAGUUGCCACAUGCUACUCAGAAUGGCAGUCCUUACUCUUAGCAUUGCUUCACACAAGAUGUUGAACUUUCUUAAUUUCUGGUCACUUUGUGUCGUCUGUUCUUCUGAUGGCUGUGGAGGAUGAAACUAAGAACCUCCUACAGCUGAAGUCUUCACUGCAUGACUUUUUUCACCUGCUCGGUGGAGCAGUGUAAUACUGCUGCCCAUUUGAGACAUCAGCAGAAACGUUAGCAACAAUCCAAGUCCUUCAUCCUUGGUGAAUUGCUGCUGAAGAGUGCACCCUAGACAUUUCUAUUUGACUUAAUUUCCUGUAUUUUUAAUUGAUCAAGGUAACAAAACAUGGUCAGGGUUACCAAAUAUCAGCAGAGAUGUACAAGAAUAGAAGAAAAAGCUUUUUAAGGAGUGCUGACUGUAUAAGAACACUCAUCCAUGCAAGAUGUACAUAAAGUACUUUGUCCUGGAGUGUUUAGUGGUUCAGGUGCAAGUCCAUCCUAAGCUUUCCUCUACUGAAGAUGCAUUGCAGUAUGUGGAGGAGUUAAUUCUUCAGUUGUUAAAUAUGUUGUGUCAAGCUCAACCAAGAAGUUUUCUGGAUGUAGAGGAUCGUGUUCAAAAAAGUUUCCCCCAUCCUAUUGAUAAGUGGGCAAUAGCUGAUGCCCAGUCUGCUAUUGAGAAGAGGAAACGAAGGAAUCCAUUAUCUCUUCCAGUAGAAAAAAUCCAUCCCUUGUUAAAGGAAGUUCUAGGCUACAAAAUUGACCACCAAGUGUCUGUUUACAUAGUAGCAGUAUUAGAAUAUAUUUCUGCAGACAUCUUAAAACUGGUUGGGAAUUAUGUGCGAAAUAUAAGACAUUAUGAGAUUACAAAACAAGAUAUUAAAGUAGCAAUGUGUGCUGAUAAGGUAUUGAUGGAUAUGUUCCAUCAAGAUGUAGAAGAUUUAAGUGCACUAACUUUAUCUGAUGAAGAACCCUCCACCUCAGGGGAGCAAACCUAUUAUGACCUAGUGAAGUCAUUUAUGGCAGAAGUACGGCAAUAUAUAAGGGAACUGAAUCUCAUUAUCAGAGUUUUUAGAGAGCCAUAUGCCUCCAACUCCAAACUGUUUUCAUCUCAUGAUGUAGAAAAUAUAUUUAGUCGUAUAUCAGACAUCCAUGAACUUAGUGUGAAGUUACUGGGUCAUAUAGAGGACACUGUUGAAAUGACAGAUGAAGGUAGUCCUCACCCACUAGUAGGCAGCUGUUUUGAAGAUAUGGCAGAGGAACUAGCAUUUGAUCCGUAUGAAUCAUAUGCACAAGAUAUUUUACGACCCGGGUUUCAUGAUCAUUUUCUAAGUCAAUUAUCAAAGCCAGGAGCAGCAUUUUAUUUACAGUCAAUAGGUGAAGGCUUUAAAGAAGCUGUUCAGUAUGUUCUACCCCGGCUCCUCCUCGCCCCUGUUUACCACUGUCUUCAUUAUUUUGAACUGCUAAAACAAUUGGAAGAAAAAAGUGAGGAUGAAGAAGAUAAGGAGUGCUUGAAGCAAGCAAUAACUGCCCUGCUAAAUCUUCAAAGCAGUAUGGAACGGAUAUGCUCCAAAAGCCUUGCAAAACGAAGGCUUAGUGAAUCCGCAUGCCGGUUCUAUACUCAGCAGAUGAAGGGGAAGCAGCUAGCAAUUAAGAAAAUGAAUGAAAUUCAGAAAAAUAUUGAUGGUUGGGAGGGUAAAGACAUUGGACAGUGCUGUAACGAGUUCAUCAUGGAAGGAACUCUCACACGUGUAGGAGCAAAGCACGAGAGACACAUAUUCCUGUUUGAUGGCUUGAUGAUUUGCUGUAAGUCAAAUCAUGGCCAGCCAAGACUUCCUGGUGCUAGCAAUGCAGAAUAUCGACUCAAGGAGAAGUUCUUCAUGCGAAAGGUACAAAUCAAUGAUAAAGAUGACACUAAUGAGUAUAGACAUGCUUUUGAAAUCAUCUUAAAAGAUGAGAACAGUGUUAUUUUUGCUGCUAAAUCAGCUGAAGAGAAAAACAACUGGAUGGCAGCAUUGAUAUCUUUGCAAUAUAGAAGCACACUGGAAAGGAUGUUGGAUGUAACAAUGUUACAGGAAGAAAAAGAGGAGCAGAUGCGAUUUCCAAAUCCUGAGUUUUAUAGAUUUGCAGAACCCGACUCUGAAGAGAAUAUUGUGUUUGAAGAGAACAUGCAGCCCAAAUCUGGAAUCCCCAUCAUCAAGGCAGGAACUGUUGUGAAGCUCAUUGAGAGGCUGACAUACCACAUGUAUGCAGAUCCCAACUUUGUUCGGACUUUUCUCACAACAUAUAGAUCCUUCUGUAGACCUCAAGAGUUGCUGAGUUUGCUAAUAGAAAGGUUUGAAAUUCCAGAGCCGGAGCCCACGGAAGCCGACCGGAUGGCCAUGGAGAACGGGGACCAGCCGCUGAGCGCCGAGCUGAAGCGCUUUAGGAAGGAGUACAUCCAGCCUGUGCAGCUGCGAGUACUGAAUGUGUGCCGACACUGGGUAGAGCACCAUUUCUAUGACUUUGAGAGAGACGCUGACCUUCUGAAACGUUUGGAAGAGUUCAUUGGAACAGUAAGAGGCAAAGCCAUGAAGAAGUGGGUUGAAUCCAUCACAAAGAUAAUCAACAGGAAAAAGCAGGCACAAGCCAUUGGGCCGAGCCACAACAUCACUUUUGAGAGCCCCCCUCCAGCAAUUGAGUGGCACAUCAGCAAACCAGGCCACACAGAGACUUUUGACUUGCUCACUCUGCAUCCCAUAGAAAUUGCUCGGCAGCUCACUUUACUGGAGUCAGAUUUUUACAGAGCUGUGCAGCCAUCAGAACUAGUUGGAAGUGUGUGGACAAAGGAAGAUAAAGAAAUUAAUUCUCCCAACCUUCUCAAAAUGAUAAGGCAUACAACUAACCUAACUCUGUGGUUUGAAAAAUGCAUUGUAGAAACAGAAAACCUAGAGGAAAGAGUAAUUGUAGUGAGCCGGAUAAUUGAGAUCCUGCAAGUUUUUCAAGAGCUAAACAACUUUAAUGGUGUCCUUGAGAUUGUCAGUGCUAUGAACUCCGCAGCAGUUUAUAGGUUGGAUCACACAUUUGAGCAAAUUCCAAGUCGCCAAAAGAAGAUCUUAGAAGAAGCUUAUGAGCUGAGUGAAGACCAUUAUAAGAAAUACUUGGCAAAACUCAGGUCCAUUAAUCCUCCUUGUGUGCCUUUUUUUGGGAUUUACUUAACCAACAUUUUGAAAACAGAAGAAGGCAAUCCUGAAUUUCUCAAGCGCCAUGGGAAAGACCUUAUAAACUUCAGCAAGAGAAGGAAGGUAGCUGAGAUAACAGGGGAGAUCCAGCAGUACCAGAACCAGCCGUAUUGUUUAAGAGUGGAAUUUGACAUCAGGAGAUUUUUUGAAAACCUGAAUCCAAUGGGAAACAGCGUGGAGACAGAAUUUACAGAUUAUCUGUUCAACAAGUCACUGGAGAUAGAGCCACGAAAUGUCAAGCCUCCUCCAAGAUUCCCCAAGAAGUACAGCUACCCUCUCAAGUCGCCGGGUGUUCGUCCCUCUAAUCCAAGGCCAGGUACCAUGAGACAUCCCACGCCCCUGCAGCAGGAGCCACGGAAAAUCAGCUACAGCCGCAUCCCGGAGAGCGAGACGGAAGCCACGGCGUCUGCCCCGAACUCGCCCCGCACCCCGCUGACCCCCCCCCCUGCCUCGGCCACUUCCAGCACCACUGACGCCUGCAGCGUCUUUGACUCCGACCCCUCCAGCCCUUUUCACACGAGAUCUGCUUCUGUGUCAUCCAUAAACUUUACCAAAACUUCAGAUGAUGCUCCUGUCCCUCCUCCUGUUCCUCCACGGAGAAGACCAGAAUCUGCCCCAGCUGAAUCCUCCCCAUCAAAAAUUACUUCUGCACACCUGGACAACCCACCAGCAAUCCCUCCCAGGCAACCAACCUCUAAAGUGUAUUCUCCAAGGUACUCGGUGCCCGAUCGGACCUGCAUCUCUGACUCGUGUGUUCCCACUGCAAACCCCCCCGAGUUACCGCCACGGGAGCCUGUGCGAACUCCAGAUGUUUUCUCUAGCUCACCACUACACCUCCAGCCCCCACCCCUGGGGAGAAAAAGCGAACUUGGUAACACCUUUUUCCCCAACAGCCCCUCUCCGUUCACGCCCCCUCCCCCCCAGACACCUUCUCCACAUGUAGCACGGAGGCAUCUGCCGUCGCCGCCUUUGGUACCGCAGGAUGCAGACCUCCCUUCUGUUGCUGGACCACCCGUUCCUCCACGACAAAGCACUUCCCAACAUAUCCCAAAGCUUCCUCCAAAAACUUACAAAAGGGAGCACACGCAUCCGUCGAUGCAUCGGGAUGGGCCACCCUUGCUGGAGAAUGCCCCCUCCUCCUGAACUGUCCCUCGCGCUGGGAGUCGCAUUUUCCUGGUGCUAUGUCUGUUGCUGGCAAUGGAUGCACUGAACCUGGUGGUGUCAAGGAGUUGGGAUGUGUAUGCCAAACACUAAGAACUCUCCAAUGCGUUGGAAAUGUUGUGUACAGAAAUGGAACUGCAAAACCAGACUUUCUAGUGGAAAACCCGGUUAACUUGCUGUUCUCGUUUUAGUAUGCGGGACUUUGUUCUAAAGUAAUUGGACAGCUGAUUGUACCAGAAAACGGUCUGGAGAGACUUCUUUGGCCAAUGAGCAGAGACUGAGUUUGUGUAAUGAUCAAUAAUGUCCAGUACAGGAAGGAAAAACAGUCUUGAAUCCAUCAGUUCCAUACAGUGGCACAGUUUUCAGAAUGAAAACAUUAUGCACUUUUUUUAAAUCUCAAACAGGGAACUUUAUAUCCUUCUUAAUUUUCCUUUGCUUUACUUACUCCCUGCUUUAAAAUACCUUCCUAAAAUUAUGAGAAGGACUGUGAGGAAGAUCUGUGGUACCUAACUGAGCUAGAAUUAAGGCAAAGCACUGUAUUGCGGUCCUGUUUACAAGUUGUUACAAUGAGUAGUAGGGGGUACCUAGGCUUCACCAAAGAGGUACUUUAUUAUUAUUUUCUGAAAUACUGUGGUGCCAGUUCAAAAAUAAAUUUUUGCCAGGAAGCAUAAUGUCUAAUUAUUGCUUUCUUUAGAUAGAGCUGAUGAAAGUCUUACAUCCUUAAAGUGACAGCGAAUUUUUUUUUUAAAAGCAGCACUAUCAUCUGAAGCAAAUAUACUACAUUUAGAAGACUGUUAAUCUCUGCUAGGUUAUGUCAUGUUCUUUUUAAGGUUUACUGAUAAUCCAUUUCAUGGCUAGUAGCUAUUCUUUUUCAGUCAUGCCAUGAAAACAGUCACUUGUCAACUUCCAUAGCUAUUGUCAUGUUUUACUAACAAUAGAUUAAUCAGCAUACAUAGGAUUGCCUUGCAGUUGCAUAAAUCAUGUGUAUAUAGUGAAUGUUGCAUAAAUAUACUUGCAGAUUGUUUUUAAUUUAAUUGAAAUAAAGAUAAAGAUAUGUUUGGCCGA